UUUACCAUCCAUUCUGCGCCCGCACAAACGUAGUACGUCUCGCGUCCACGAACGGGGCGAAGAGGAAAGAGGAAGAAGAAGAGGGGAUCAGAUCAAGAUGCAGUACAAUAACUUGGGGCGGUCGGGGCUGAAGGUGAGCCAGCUCUCCUACGGGGCGUGGGUGACGUUCGGGAACCAGAUCGAUGUCAAGGAGGCGAAGUCGCUGCUGCAGUGCUGCCGCGACAACGGCGUCAACUUCUUCGACAACGCCGAGGUCUACGCCAAUGGCCGCGCCGAGGAGAUCAUGGGCCAGGCCAUCCGCGAGCUCGGCUGGCGCCGCUCUGAUCUCGUCAUCUCCACUAAGAUCUUCUGGGGCGGCCCUGGGCCCAACGACAAGGGCCUCUCCCGCAAGCACCUCAUCGAGGGCACCCGCGCCUCCCUUCGCCGCCUCGACAUGGACUACGUCGACGUCCUCUUCUGCCACCGCCCUGACGCCGCCACCCCCAUCGAGGAGACCGUCCGCGCCAUGAACCACAUCAUCGACAGGGGCUGGGCCUUCUACUGGGGCACCUCCGAGUGGUCCGCCCAGCAGAUCACCGAGGCCUGGGCCGUCGCUCACCGCCUCGACCUCGUCGGUCCCAUCGUCGAGCAGCCCGAGUACAACCUCCUGUCGCGCCACAAGGUUGAAGUGGAGUUCCUUCCUCUGUACAGCACUUAUGGCCUGGGUCUUACCACAUGGAGUCCGUUAGCAUCAGGAGUUUUGACUGGGAAAUACAACAAAGGAAAUAUACCACCUGAUAGUCGGUUUGCACUGGAUAAUUACAAGAAUCUUGCAAGCAGAUCACUGGUUGAUGACACGCUAAGGAAAGUUAAUGGACUGAAACCAAUUGCAGAUGAACUAGGUGUUCCUUUAUCUCAACUUGCAAUUGCUUGGUGUGCAUCAAAUCCACAUGUUUCAACAGUAAUUACUGGGGCCACGAAGGAGAGUCAGAUCGUCGAGAACAUACAGGCUCUUGAGGUCAUUCCCAAGCUGACGCCCGAUGUAAUCGAGAAGAUAGAGGCAGCUGUUCAAAGCAAACCCAAGCGUCCGGAAUCAUACCGGUGACUCCAUGCUUUCUAUUGUGACUUCACGGCGACUGGUGUUUGCACCACCACAGUUGCUUAUUUUUUGAGGUCGCCAUUAGUCGGUCUUGUUGAACUUAAAAACUUCUUUAGCUUUCUUCCUGGAACAUUGAACAUUUUUAUUCAUAAAGCUGUUGAUUGUGGGAACAAAUUUGAUCGAUCAACAUUGCGAAUUCCGCUGAACUUUCAUUUACGUUGUAUUUCUGCAAUCUUUGGUUGUC